UACACUGUGACUACUCAAAUAUUGCAUUUUUAAUAAACGUUGUGAUAGGUCCACGGUACAGUGACUACGUUCUGAGACUGAGUGUAAAAAACUUACAGAAAGGAAGUAGUGAAGCAAACGCAGGGGCGCGAAAUGUUGACAUAUUUUUUUUUAUCCCUCACUGUUAGAGUUCAGUAAGGUGGCUUGAAAUCGGGUCUUGCUCAGAUCCUUUAUACGCUUUCCAUGCUGAAUCCGGAGUCUGGAGAAUAAAUAUCAGUGUAUUCUAGGGAAAGACAAGGAAUGAAUCGCAUGAAUGCACAGUGUACUGUAGAGCCAGGGAAGGAGAGAGUUAUAGCUCUAGUUGACAUGGAUUGUUUUUAUGUACAAGUCGAACAGAGACUGCAGCCAUCGCUGAAAAAUAAACCGUGUGUUGUGGCACAGUACAAAACUUGGAAGGGAGGAGGUAUUAUUGCAGUCAGUUAUGAAGCCCGAGCCCAUGGUGUGAAGAGAAACAUGUGGGCAAAUGAUGCCAAGAAUUUGUGUCCAGAUCUUCAAGUUGUCCGUGUUGCUGAGGCUCAUGGAAAAGCUGAUCUUACCAAGUACCGUGAAGCUAGUGUGGAGGUAAUAGAUGUGAUGUCUCGUUUUGCAGUGAUUGAACGUGCAAGCAUUGAUGAGGCUUAUAUUGAUCUCACAACUUCUGUGCAGCAUAGACUGAAACAGAUGAAAGGACAACCAGUCACAACAGAGUUACUUCAUAAUACCUUUGUCCAAGGAUUUCCUCAGAAUUGUGAGGAGACCAACCAGGAGGAGAGCGCUUCUGCUGACAAAAAAGAGGAACAGCGUAAGCAAGGAGUAAAGGAAUGGCUGGAUACUUUGAAUUUAUGCAGUGAUUACUACAGCCCUGAACUGCUGUUAACUGUUGGAGCUGUUAUUGUUGAAGAGAUGAGGGCUGCUGUGGAAGCAGAAACUGGGUUCCGAUGUUCUGCUGGAAUUUCACACAAUAAGGUACUAGCGAAACUUGCAUGUGGUCUGAACAAGCCAAAUCGACAGACUAUUCUUCCUUUGGAUUCUGUUCCGCAGCUGUUUGCCACCUUACCUAUCAGCAGUGUCCGUAAUCUUGGAGGAAAACUGGGUGCAUCCAUCUCUGAGACAUUAGGAGUGGAGUGUAUGGGACAGCUGACACAGUUCAGUGAGACUGAACUGCAGGCUCUCUUUGGAGAGAAGACAGGACCAUGGUUGUAUGCUCUGUGCAGAGGAAUAGAGAAUGAACCAGUUAAACCUAGACAGUUGCCCAAAUCCAUUGGCUGCAGCAAACAUUUUCCAGGAAGAAGUGGACUAGCAACACGUGAACAGGUUCAGUACUGGCUGUUACAGCUAUCCCUGGAACUGGAAGAAAGGCUAGGCAAGGAUCGAGAAUGUAACAACAGAUUAGGCAAGCAGCUGACAGUAACUGCCUGUAUGGCAGAACACAGAAGAGGUAACAGUUUUUCUCGCUGUUGCCAUUUGUCUCGCUAUGAUGCUCAGAAGAUGGCCAGUGAUGCUUAUACUCUCCUUAAAAGCUGCAACACUUCUGGAAUGCAGCAGUCUGCUUGGUCUCCACCAAUCACCCUCCUUGGUCUGUCUGUAAGCAAGUUCACAGAGUCACCAUCUUUGUCGUCAGGCAUCACCAGUUUUCUGAGCAGCAGUGCUGUAUCUGCUCAGAAGUCAACAACAAUGCCAGGAUCCACUCAGUCUGCUUCAAACUCACAGUCUUUAAGUAGUCCAAAAAAGUUAAUGGGAACUAGCAAGGUGGCACACGGGUCUAUUCAGUGCUUUUUUCAAAGAGCUGCAGAAAAAAAGAAGGAAGCAUGUGACACUUUAGCAUUAUCAGUUCCUUUGGGUGACUCUGGAUUCCUUAAAGAUGUAGAAGAGGAUCUUGCAGCUUGGACAUGCACUUCUCAAAAUAAUUCAUUAAAUAGCAAGAGUGGAGAUCAAAACUUUUUCAGAAGUAAAAUUGGGGAACAUCGUGCAAAUGAUGUUUUAUCGGCCUUAGUUUCUGAUGGAAAAGUCAAACAUACAUUUGAAAGCUCUUUGGAUACUUUAGAAAGGAGAAACUGUAUGGAUUUACCAGAACCUGUAUCUUAUUCUGGAAAUGAAACAUUUGCAGACACUGUAGACAAAGAAGUACGUGUGUUUGAUCAGGAGAAAGAUGUGCUGCAUAUAUUAGAUCAAGAAGAGGCUUCUAGCAGUGAGACACCACUUAAUUUCACUGCCUCAGAUCUAAUGAUAUGUGAAAAGUGCCAUAAAAAUAUAGUUGUGUGGGAGAUGCCUGAACACAUGGAUUUUCAUUUUGCUGUAGAACUUCAGAACUCAUUUUCUUCACCUAGUACUGUUUCAGACUCUCUUGGAUCCUGUGCUACUGUCCUUAACACUGCCUCACCAGUUCUUAGGGGAAAGAAUAAACCAAAGAACUUGUCAACACCAUCUGCCAAACGUCCCAAGCAAGGAACCAACCAAACUCUGGAUAUGUUCUUUAAAAGGACUCCUCACUAAUGCUAUGUUUAAUUUCUGGAAUAAUAUGCAAAACAUUCAAUUAUUGAUUUCUCUUCUUUGUUCCCCAAGAUGAUGGAUUGCGUUCACACUGAGUGUGCUAAAUCAUGUAAAAUCACAAAGUGCCAGAAGAAAUCAAAUUUGUAGCUCACACUAUCAUUUACAUUACAGCACUUUUAGUCAGAAGAAAUUCUCUGCAUUAUAUUUUAUGACUACCCUUCCCCUUUUUGUAAAAAAAAAAAAAAAAUGGAUAAAUAUGUUUAAUAUUAUGAUCAUAGUAAUUUUACUUCAGUAUUGUUUCCUGUCUAGUUCAUUUUUGGAAAUGUUCAUUUUUCUAACUUGUCACAUAUGUGUGCACUGUUUUCUGUAUCAAGUCUCUGUUAGCAUUUCCUUUUGUGUGUUAUUCAUUACUUUGAGAAGAGAAGUUUUUUCAGGAUAGCUAAUGAAUUUAUCACUCUGAUCUUAAGAGCAUGCUCCAUUGCCCAUCACGAUAGUUCCAGGUAAAAUAUAUGAAAGCAGUCUGAUUUAGUAAUAGAUGCCUUUGAAUAUCCAAUCGUCUGUGAUUCCAUACAUUUUUCUUGAACUUUUAAGGCCCUAUCUUUGUUUUUACCCCAGCGCCCAUUAUAAAUCUUGUGCAGUGUGGUCCAGUGGUAUAGUAGCAGUGUGUCUCUCUGUGCUAUUGCUAAGCCAGGCUCAAGUGUCUCAGAGGACCAGCUGACCCCAGAUGGAGGGUCUUCUCUGUGGAGUUUGCAUAUCCUCUUUGUGCUUGUAUGGAUUUUUACUAGGUGCUCCACUUUCCUCCCAUUUCCUUCCACACC